AUGUUAAUUGAGGAAUCCUAUCAUGACGUGAAGACAUCUUAUGGUACAACCAUGAGAUUGUUUGUUUAUCAUCCAAAAAUUUUGAACUAUCCAAACGUUAAAUUUCCUGGUGUUGUGGUAUACAGCGAAAUAUACCAGGUUACAGGACCAGUGUCUAGAUUUGCUAAGGAUAUUGCAGGUCAAGGUUUCAUUGUUGUUUGUCCUUCUAUUUACCAUAACUUCGAAAGCUACGAGGCAUUGGCUUAUGAUAAUGAAGGUACAGAUAAGGGUAACACUUAUAAAAUUACCAAGGAACUUAAAUCGUAUGACGAAGAUAAUAAGUUGGCCAUUGAUUAUUUGACUUCAUUGUCCACUUGUAAUGGUAAAAUUGGUGCCACUGGUAUGUGUCUUGGUGGUCAUUUGGCUUUCAGAGCAGCCUUAGAUCCAAGAGUCCGUGCUGCGGUGUGUUUCUUCGCAACAGAUAUCCACAACCACGCAUUGGGAAAGGGCCAACAGGAUGAUUCUUUGAAGAGAUGCGCAGAAAUAAAGGGCGAAUUGAUAAUGAUUUUCGGCUGUAAAGACAACCAUGUUCCUCUAGAAGGCAGAGACUUAAUCAGAAGCGAAUUGAGAAAAAACAAUAUUGAAAUGACCUUUAUUGAGAUUAACGACGCUCAGCAUGCCUUUAUCAGAGACGAAAUGAGCAAGGGCAGAUACGAUCCAGCCACCACAAAGAACUGUAUGGAAUGGUUAUUCGAAUUGUUCAACAGAAAGUUAAAGUUGGAUUACGGUGACCAUGAUGGUAAAGAAACUAAAAUUGAAAACGUUUGCUAA